AUGACCGUGGCAUUCACAGAUUGUGCAAGUAAAACUCAAAUUCGCUUUCGCAAUUUGCACAUGCAUUACCGUCUCUUUCUCUCCGCGGCCAGCCAGUGUGGAUACUUAGCUCUGUAGUCUCUGCCACCUGAAUGAAAUCUGGACCCAGGCGGCUCGGAAAUGGAGGCGUCUGUACAGAAUUCUAUCUGGGACAGUGUGAGAGAGCUGACCCAGGUGGCCCAGCGAAAGGGCAGCGAUCCUCUGCUCUGGGCGUUGCAGUUGUCUUCGAGUUUGAGCUCGGCGGGAGUGGCUCUGCCCUCCGUGGAACUCGCGGAUGUGUUGGUGUCGUAUAUUUGCUGGGACAACAACCUUCCCAUUCUCUGGAAGUUCCUGGAGAAGGCGCUUAUGCUGAGAAUCGUGCCGCCUAUGCUUGUUCUUGCUCUGCUCUCUACCAGGGUCAUUCCAAUUCGACAUUCUCGGCCAGCUGCAUAUCGGCUUUAUCUUGAACUCCUGAAGAGACAUGGUUUUACACUUAAAUAUCAGAUAAAUGGGCUGAAUUAUGGGAAGGUCAUGAAAUCAAUAGAUGCUGUCCUUCAUCUUUCACAGAGAUUUGGCAUUCCCACGAAUGAACCUGGGAUUCUUGUGGUUGAGUUUAUCUUUUCAACUGUGUGGCAGUUGCUUGAUGCAACAUUAGAUGAUGAAGGUUUGCUAGAACUUACCCCAGAGAAGAAGUCCACAUGGGCAGCUAAAUCUCAAGAAAUGGAAAUUGAUCAUCAUGAUAGUUAUGAUGAGAAGAGGGCUGAACUUCAAGAGAGAUUGCAGAAUGUAAAUACUGCGAUGGCCAUUGAGUUAAUAGGGCAAUUUCUGCAAAAUAAAGUAACUUUGAGAAUUAUUUACUUGGCUCGUCGGAACAUGUCCACACAUUGGGUAGAUUUCAUUCGGCGAUUAAGGUUGCUUGAAGCAAAUUCAUCAGCAUUAAGAAAUUCCAAAGCCCUAACUCCCGAGGCUCUUCAGCAGUUGACUUCAGAUACUCGAAUAGUCUUGUCCCGAGAAUGCAAAACAAGCUCACUACAAAAGUUCCAUGCAGUUAUGGCUUUUGGAUCUCUAUCUUCCUCUUCUAGUCUAUGCCAAGGAGCUAGCUGUACUGCUCUUUGGCUUCCUCUUGAUCUUUUAUUGGAAGAUUUCAUGGAUUUAUAUCAAAUUGAUGCAACAAGUGCUAUUGAAAUAAUUACCGGUUUGAUUAAAACCCUUAAAGCAAUAAACGGCACCACCUGGCAUGACACCUUUUUAGGUCUUUGGAUAGCAGCUCUUCGUCUUGUUCAAAGGGAAAGGGAUCCCAUUGAGGGUCCUAUGCCUCGCCUUGAUACUCGCUUAUGCAUUCUAUUGUCUAUCACACCACUUGUGAUUGCCGAUCUCAUUGAGGAGGAGGAAAGUGCACCAGUUGAUGAAACAGAAUGUAGCUCCACUAAUCAUUGGAAAGACAAAAAGGAUUCAGGGAAGCGCCGCAAUGAUUUGGUCUCCAGCCUACAGAUGCUAGGGGAUUAUCAGGGCUUGUUGACUCCACCUCAAUCUGUUGUUGAAGCAGCCAAUCAGGCUGCUGCGAAGGCAAUAUUUUUUGUUUCAGGCAUCAAUGUGGGGAGCGCAUACUUUGAGUGCAUCAGUGUGAAAGACAUGCCUAUUAACUGUUCUGGAAACAUGCGUCACUUGAUAGUUGAGGCUUGUAUUGCGAGAAAUCUACUGGACACAUCUGCAUAUCUCUGGCCAGGCUAUGUGAAUGGACGCAUCAAUCAAAUACCUCAUAGUGUGCCUGCUCAAGCACCUAGUUGGUCAUCAUUUAUGAAGGGCGCUCCACUUACUCCAGUAUUGAUAAAUGCUUUGGUUUCAACUCCUACUUCAAGCUUAGCAGAGCUCGAGAAAAUAUUCGAGAUUGCAGUCAAUGGAUCAGAUGAUGAGAAGAUAUCUGCUGCUACGAUACUUUGUGGGGCCUCCUUAAUUCGGGGUUGGAAUAUACAGGAACACACUGCUCAUUUCAUUGUUAGAUUAUUGUCUCCUCCAGUUCCUCCAGAAUAUUCUGGGACUGACAGUCAUUUGAUCAGUUACGCUCCAAUGCUGAAUGCACUAAUUGUUGGAAUAGCAUCUGUUGAUUGUGCUCACAUUUUCUCUCUACAUGGCUUGGUUCCACAACUUGCAUGUUCACUGAUGCCAAUCUGUGAGGUUUUUGGUUCAUGUGUGCCUAAUGUCUCAUGGACUCUUACAAAUGGGGAAGAAAUUUCUGCUCAUACUGUGUUUUCAAGUGCAUUUAUUCUUCUUUUGAAGCUAUGGAGGUUUAAUCAUCCUCCUCUUGAACAUGGAGUAGGAGAUACACCCACAGUUGGAUCCCAACUAACUCCUGAAUACCUCCUAUUAUUACGAAACUCCUACCUAGUAUCUUCCGGGAAUGUCAACAAGAAUCGAAAUAGGAGAAGACUCUCAGCAGUUGCAAGUUCAUCAUCUCCAGAACACGUUUUUGUGGACUCAUUUCCAAAAUUAAAAGUGUGGAAUCGGCAGCAUCAGGCAUGUAUAGCUUCAACCCUCUCUGGUCUUGUUCAUGGAACCCCAGUUCAUCAGAUUGUCGAUGGGCUUCUUAAUAUGAUGUUCAGGAAGAUUUGUCGAGGAAGCCAAUCCUUAACAUCAGUUACAUCUGGGAGUAGUAGUUCUUCUGGGCCUGGAAAUGAAGAUACGUCUCUAAGACCUAAAUUGCCCGCCUGGGACAUUCUGAAAGCUGUUCCCUUUGUGGUUGAUGCUGCCUUAACAGCCUGUGCUCAUGGAAAACUUUCUCCUCGUGAACUGGCUACAGGUCUUAAAGAUUUAGCUGAUUUUCUUCCUGCAUCUUUGGCAACCAUUGUGAUCUACUUCUCUGCCGAAGUAACUAGAGGUGUUUGGAAACCAGUUUUCAUGAAUGGAACAGAUUGGCCCAGUCCUGCGGCAAAUCUUUCCAAUGUUGAGGAACAGAUUAAGAAAAUCCUAGCUGCUACUGGUGUUGAUGUCCCAAGUCUUGCUGCAGGUGGAAGCUCUCCAUCUACACUUCCGCUUCCCUUGGCUGCCUUUGUAAGCCUUACUAUAACCUAUAAAAUUGACAGAGCCUCGGAACGUUUUCUCAAUUUAGCUGGCCCAGCCUUGGAAACCCUUGCAGCAGGCUGUCCGUGGCCUUGCAUGCCAAUUGUGGCUUCCCUGUGGACCCAAAAGGCAAAGCGCUGGAGUGACUUCCUUGUCUUUUCUGCAUCUCGAACUGUCUUCCUCCACAACAGUGAUGCAGUGGUUCAGCUCCUUAAAAGCUGCUUUGCAGCCACACUUGGUCUGAAUGCUACGCCUAUCUCAAGCAGUGGUGGUGUUGGAGCACUUCUUGGCCAUGGCUUUGGAUCCCAUUUCUGUGGUGGGAUUUCUCCUGUUGCCCCGGGUAUUCUUUAUCUGCGUGUUUAUCGAUCCAUUAGAGAUAUUGUGUUCAUAACAGAAGAGAUUGUUUCUCUCUUGAUGCAUUCUGUUAGGGAAAUUGCAUCUGGUGGGCUUCCUAGAGAGAGAUUAGAGAAGUUAAGGAUGAGUAAGAUUGGAAUGAGAUACAGACAGGUUUCACUUGCCGCAGCAAUGACUCGGGUCAAACUCGCAGCUGCUCUUGGGGCUUCUUUGGUAUGGUUAUCUGGUGGCUUGGGUCUGGUUCAAUCCUUGAUAAAAGAGACUUUGCCUUCUUGGUUUAUAUCAGUUCACAGAUCUGAGCAGGAAGAAGGGUCGGAAGGGAUGGUUGCAAUGCUUGGGGGAUAUGCUCUUGCCUACCUUGUAGUACUUUGUGGAGCUUUUGCAUGGGGUGUUGACUCAACAUCAUCUGCAUCAAAACGGCGUCCAAAAAUCCUUGGAACCCACAUGGAAUUUCUGGCAAGUGCACUUGAUGGGAAAAUAUCACUUGGUUGUGAUUGGGCUACUUGGCGUGCUUACGUCUCGGGAUUCGUGACAUUAAUGGUGGGUUGCACGCCGAAUUGGGUGCUAGAGGUUGAUGUAGAAGUGUUGAAGAGACUAAGUACCGGGCUGAGACAGUGGAACGAGGAGGAGCUUGCUCUUGCUUUGCUGGGGAUUGGUGGGGUUGGUACGAUGGGGGCGGCUGCCGAGCUGAUAAUUGAAAAUGAGAUGUAAAUUACUUUUUCCUCUCUUUCGAUUCACUCAUUUAGGUCUACUAUGUAGAAUGUAACUGUACAUUAAUCCCUCGUAGGAAAGUUUUGCAGUAAGAAACUUCCAUUUGUAUAGCAAAAGAUUCUGAAGUUUGGUUAAUGGAAAAACUUUAUCCUCAAGAACACUGGGGAAUUUUGUCCAAAAA